AUGCACGUUGGCUUGGCAUCCAAUUUGGCGCCCAAUUGUUCGCCUUUGGAAAUCGUUUGCGAAUGCCAAGAAAGCGAAGGAACUGUCGUUUACAAUCUUGUAGUUGGGGACGACAAUGUACCGCGGGUCAGUCUUUUAAAAAUUGAAAGACAGGGAAAGGAUGAUUUGUGCGCUGAUAUGCAAACAUCUAGUGAUCAUGAAGUUGUUCAUACACAAAACACUAUAAACAAUCCAACUUCAAACCAAUCUGCUUUUCAUGGUCUACAUGACUUGAAUUCUCAAGAAAAUCUUGUGGAUAGUACAUUAAAUAAAUAUUUCAAUCAUCAAUCUUUCAAACCGCUUCAAAAGAAAAUAAUUUUGGCAACCAUGAACGGUAAGAAUGUUCUUGGAGUUAUUGGCACUGGUGGUGGUAAAAGUUUGACAUUCAUGCUACCUGCUGUUCUUGCUGAUAAGCCUACUAUUGUUGUAGUGCCAACGUUGUCAUUAAUAGAUGAUCUCUUGAGUAGAUGUUUAACUUUAGACAUUCCAGCUUGCAAAAUUACUGGUGAGAUCCCAGUUGAUGUUCGUAAUUCUUGUCUUGAGGAACUCGCGAAGUUCAAACUUGUAUUUUGUACACCAGAAAUGUUUGCUAAUAAAAACGUUUUGGAAAAACUCAUGAGUGUUCAUGUGGAAAGAAUUGUCUUUGAUGAAGCCCAUACAGUCUGCAGUUGGGGGAAUACGUUUCGUCCUCAUUACAGAAGUGCCGCAAAUGAGUUGGCAAAAUUUCCUUGCCCAAAGUUGCUGCUAAGUGCAACCAUACCCCACCAACUAGUAUUAGAACUGUCAGAAGUGUUUGGUACAUUGGAAGUUAUCAAAGGAACUGUAUUACGUGAUAACAUGUUCCUACGUGUUCAGGAAAAGCCAAGUGGAAAUAAAUUUUAUGAUGAAUUGGCUCAGUAUAUAUUAAAUAGGAAAGAUGAAUGCGGAAUUGUCUACAGUGUCUUUCCAUCUGAUGUACUUAAGAUACAUUCAGAAUUAUUGAAAAGAAAUGUAAUGUGUGUACAAUACCAUGGUCAGUUGUCUCAACCUGUUAAAGAAGCCAGUUUUCAAAAGUGGACAUCAGGUGAAGUGAAAGUUAUGGUUGCAAAUACAUCAUUUGGCAUGGGGGUUGACAACAGAAAUGUAAGAUUCAUUAUUCAUGCGAAAAUGCCUACCAGUCUAGAUGAAUAUUUUCAACAAUGCGGAAGAGCAGGCCGUGAUGGCCAACUAAGUACUUGCUUAACCUAUUAUAACUAUGCAGAUAAAACUGCACUUCUGAAACUCUUCCGUGCCAGUGGGGACUUUUCAAAGCAGUCUUUAACGCUUAACAGGUUAAUUUCAUUUCUGGAAGAUCCUGUUACCUGCCGACAUUCAUCCAUACUGCAUUACUAUGGGGAGAAUAGAGAGGAUUAUUUUUGCGGUGGAAGCUGUGACAAUUGUAAGGACCGGGGGACAUACAUCAAGACUGAUGGGACGUCUGACGCAUUUAAAGUUGUCCAAGCAAUGUUAGAACUGUCUGGGAAGAAAAUUAAUUGCAAUACAUUAAAACUUUUUCUUAUUGGAAGUUCACAAAAGUGCAUCAAAGAUAAUGAGUUGGAUAAAUUAAGUACAUUUGCUUGCUUGCAAAAGACAUUUGUUCCAAGUAUUUUACUUGACAAAUUUUUGCAUUCUCUCAUUUACAAUGAUGUGUUAUCAGAGACUGUUGAAGUUAAAAAUAACACUUUCUCAGUUCUUAUCCAUCCUGGCUCCAAAGCACAUCUUGUUCUUUCACUAAAGAAUGAUGUUGAGAAGUAUUGCAAGGUGUAA